AGAUAAAUAUUUUAUUAUNUUAUUAUAGUUUUUACUAUCCUAAAUUAAACUUGCUAGCACAAGUUUAAUCUAGGACUCCGGAGCAAGUUCGUGUGGAUACGUUGGAGGCUUCAUACGUUUGGCGCUACGUUCAUCUCCUCAAAACCAUCCCCGACCGUUCCUCCGUUCUCCGUUUUCACCGUUAAGUCAUAAAAAGGGUCUAUAAGGAAAAUCGAGUCAAAUCUACCAUUUCAUGACUAAUUAUGUGAGAAAAGGGUAAAAUUAUCAACUUCGGGUCAAAGUUGGACUCCUCCUAGGUCAAGAUUUGCACAAUGGGCCAAAAAGGAACGAAAUGGGGCCCAAUUGGACCCUAAUCCGCAUAGGUCACGGAAGACCAUUCGUGCGCCGUAAGAACCAGAAGCUGUGGCGUCCUGCCCAGACGCCUGAAGGGGGGACGCUUGGAUUUUCGGACACUUCAGACCUCUUUCCAAGUUUUUGUGCUAUCAUUGUGCUUGUCCGGAAACGGGAUUAUUAUGAACCUCAUGGAGAUCAAUAUGAUUAUAACCAACAUGGGCCUACGUACAACUACCAGCCUAAUCCAUAUGAGGAAGAGCUUCGAAAGGCCGAGAAUAGGAGAGAAGAACUUGAUGAGGAAUUAAUGAACGAAGAUCCAUCCUAUCAACCCCCUCCCCUCCACAAUUAUAAUAACCACUCUGUUGCAUUCAAGCUUGAAUGGAACAAGAGGGCCAUUGAGUGGAGAUUUAACCGAAUUGCCCAACUCCAAGAAGAAAGAGCUCAACGUGAAAGGGAUGCGAAGGAAUUUUACGAUAAAGAAAAUGAGGUCAGGGAACUUGAUCGAUUAUUAGCGAUGCACAACAUAUUUUUCAUGUCCCCUACGUAUGAUCGGUAUGAUGAAUUGUCUCCUGAGUUUUGGAGGAAACACAUGGAGCAACAUAUUUGUAUUCGAUCAGACAAACUCAAUUUGUUAGAAGAACAAGCAGAAUAUGACCUUCGAGCCCAAGAAGAGUUGGAGCAAUCAAGAGAAUGGGAGCCACAUCAAGUUGAUCAAGAAGAGAUUUACCUAGACCCUAUUCUUGAAGAUUCAAAAGAACCUGCGCCAGCACAGGAACCUGAGUAUAGCAUGACCCAGCAUGUGCUCACUCAGGCUAUUGUGAUGGAAUUACCUGAAUGCCCUCAUAGCGGCAAGAUGGAUGCUGCUUGGAUGAUACCACAUGGUGAUCAACACACGUUGCGCGACCUGGACGCUCUGCCAUUAACCUCCAAUGAAGCCAGAAAGAAGUUCUUGAUAUGGGGAAAUCAGAAGUCACUCCAGCCCCCGUUGGUGUUAGACCCCGCGACCCUGAUUGAGAGUGGGCACUGGGAAGAAAUUGACGAGUUUCUCUAUGAUCCAAAGUGGAGAGUCCUGCUUUUCCUGCGCGCAGCAGCCAGCCUAGAGCAAACCGUGGAAUUCCUCUGUUCCCUCCAAUUUUUCAAUAAAGAGGAGGAAGUCAAGGCUCCAGCCGAAGUCACAUGCGCUACUACGGUGAUCUUCACAUUGGUCGGCAGACGGUUCCAACUCUCAGUGGCAGAUUUAGUUUGGCUGCUUAGCUUGUACACCCUGGACGAGAUGAGGACCGAGGAGUUUGCCCGCCUGCCAGACACUUUGGAUCCCGCGUUCAAUGCCAAGAAAUUCUGGCAAGCAAAUGGCCGAGGGAUUUACGUGAGUGGCAGCACCAUCUCGAUGUAUUGGAAGCGUCCAACCUGGAGGAUCUUGCACCAUGCCCUGGUGCACAGCUAUUUUGGACGAGCCCAUGCUCUUGACAUAGUCUAUGAGUCCGAUCUGUUGGAACACGGGUUUACGCCUUACGUCGUACUAAACUGUGUUUGGUUUUUAUGACAGAAACGACUUUCUUUACUUGAAAACGAUUUUGAAAAAUUGGAAAAAGAAAAUGAAACACUUAAACAAGAAAACAAUUUUUUUGGAAAAAGAAGCGCUGACAAACCAGAAAGCUCAUCAAGUGAAUGUGGGUCUUGCAAAGCUUUAAAAGAGCAAGUCGCUAAACUUGAGAGCACGGUCAAGAAAUUUAAUACUCCUUA